AUGGAUUCUAACGGUGCAUUCCAUGAGGUGGAAAAAGAUGGUAAACUAGUUUUGGUAUACCAGCACCCCAAGUAUUGUCCUAUACCCACCAAAACACAGUCCCCAAGUUCUUUCCCCGAUGGCCUUCCUCUUUUCUUAUGCCCUCGAAUACGGCGGAAGCAAAGCGAGGCUUACUAUACCUAUCCAAAAACUUUUCCGGUCAAUUCUUCCCCCGAGUACUUUCCUACAACAACAAACUCUGAUAAUCAUCAUGUACUCCCUUUGUAUUGGUGCAACAAUAGAGAAUCUGAUGCAAAUGGUGGAUGCUAUAUAUGCGAAGGCUCGAAUUUUGGCACAGACUAUUACUUUUGUAAUUAUUGUACCAUAAAACUACACAAAGAAUGUGUUCAGUCUCCACCUAUAAUCAAACACCCUUACCACCCUGAACAUUCUCUCCAGCUUUUCUUUCAUGACGAUAGCAAUCGCAAAAUCAAGUGUUUGUGUUGUGGAAGAAGAGCACAUUGGUUGGUUUAUCAUUGUACCAUAUGUUAUGCUUAUAUGCAUCCGAUAUGUGCGAUGAAGCCAAUACCCUUUGUUAUAGACCCACCUAAAAAUCAUGUCCACCCUCUCACUUUUUUCGCUAGACAAACUUCAUUAACUUGCAACAUUUGUGGUAUGUUGAGAAAAAUUAAUCCCACUUACGUUUGUUUUAGAUGUAACUUUGUAGCUCAUAAUGAUUGUAUGAUUUUCCCACACAUCAUCAAGAUAUCACGUCAUCGCCAUCGUAUCUCCUUGACUCUUUCUCUCCCAUCUAGAGAAUGGUUGUGUGGAGUUUGUCGUUCAAGUAUUAGCGGUGAUUGUGCUGCAUAUACUUGUGACGCGUGUAGCGAUUAUGUUGUUCAUACAAUAUGCGCUAUUGGGAAAGAUGUGUGGGAUGGAAAAGAACUUGAAGGUGUACCAGAAAUAUUUGAUAAAGAUGAUGGGCCGUUCGAGGUGAUAUCUGAAGGAGUGAUACUUUAUUUUCUUCAUGACCAUCAUCUUCGACUCGAGGUUAGCAUAUUUUAUGACGAAAACAUGAUUUGUCAAGCGUGUGUCCUUCCUAUCUAUGAAGGUAACUUCUAUGAUUGUAAGGAGUGUGAAUUCAUCCUCCAUGAAACAUGUGCUAAGGCUCCCCGUAGAAUCCAACAUGCGUUACAUCCUCAUCCACUUAUAUUAGAGGUUGCCGAGAUGUAUCCUUACAAUACAUUCCGUUGUGACACUUGUGGUCGUAAUUCGAUUGGCUUUGCCUAUGGGUGUAGGAAAAGGGAAUGUGACUUCAAGCUAGAUGUAAGGUGUGCUUCAAUAUCUGAGCCGUUUCAUUACGAAGGCCAUGAACAUCCUUUGUUCCUAGCUUUAGGUCCAGAAAUAAAACCCAUAUGUCACGUAUGCAAAACAGAAUGUCUAAAACCAUUAAAUUGCAUCAAAUGCGAUUUCAUUGUAUGUUUCAAGUGCGCUACCUUACCAUACAAAGCAAGGUAUAAGCAUGACACACACUAUCUUACGAUUUCAUGUGGUUCAGAAGUACGUGAGGAAGAAUGGUGUGAAGUAUGCGAACGUAGUUUAAAAGAUACAUGCACGAACGUAUUCUACUGGUGCAACGAGUGUUUCACCACUUGUCAUAUUGAAUGCUUAAUUGGUGGAGACCCAUAUAUAAAGCCUGGUCAGUACUUUAAUAAAUGGGUAUAUAAGGCUAAAGUUCUUCGCAAAUGUAACACUACUCGACCAUUUUGUAAUUCUUGCAAGAAGCGUUGUCUAGGGAAAAUAUAUGAUUUAGGCUAUCGUAUUGCAUGUUCAUAUGAAUGUAUUUAA